AUGUCUGACUGCGCAUUAUUCAUUAUUAUUGUUCCAAACGAUAUUGCCAAUGAAACGACCCAAACAUUACUUACAGCUGUUGACAAUGGAAGGAAUAAUGAAGGAAAACCGUUAGUAACUGAUAUUCCAGCAAGGACGGCUCUUGUUAUCCCUGGCUCAUUGACCGUUCCUUCCGUAACCGUCUCUCCUGUUCCAUUGGAGGAAAUGACGAGUGAAGAAUUGUACAUUGCAAACAUGUCAGGACCAUCAUCACAACUACCGCGGCCCUCAACUUCUCGAGAGCAUUCAUUAUGUCGCUGUUUAAAAAUUUAUCUCGAACAAAAGGUAGAUAUCGAUGCUGUCUGGAUGAUUUCGGAUGACAAGAAAACCUACCAGAUAACCUUUUAUGUUGAAUUUGGCCUUGUAUGUGAUGAGAUAUUGCAAGAAUUGAGAAAAUUUCGGAUUGGUGUCAAACAGGGGACGAAAAUUCUUAUUGUACCGUCAACGUGUAUCAUCGGCACAGAACCAGACGUUCAACUAUUAAAUCAACAAGAUGACAAACAUCAUGCAAUUACAAAUGAUGGCAGUAAAUUCUCUAUUCUAAAUCGAGAAAUUGGAACGACAGGUUCCCAGGAAAGUGGCUUGACAUUAAAACGAAGAAUAAAAAAUAAAAUCAAUGAGUCUGAUUUUAAAAAAUCUGUUCGUGCUCGUUUAAUGGUGCACCAAGUGGUAGCGGCCAUUCGAGCUUCAACAGAACUGACAUUUGAUUUUGUUGUUUUAUUAGUGCUUGCAAGUAUGCUUGCUGCCUUUGGUCUUUUAGAAAAUAGUACGGUUAUUAUUGUCGCAAGUAUGCUUGUCAGUCCGUUGAUGAAUCCUAUUCUUGGAAUUGCGUUCGGAUUAUCUGUGAGAGAGCACUCGUUGUGGAAACGAGGUUUGUGGAAUGAAAUUAUUGGUCUAAUCAUUUGUUUAGCUUCCGGCUUUGUAUUGGGUCUGUUUACAACAUUUGCAGAGACAAAGUGGGGAAGCUCUUCCACAUUUCCAACCACUGAGAUGCGAUCACGAGGUGAUGUUAAACGACUAUGGGUAGGUGUAUUGAUCGCACUUCCCUCUGGUGCAGGUGUAGCACUUUCUGUGUUAGGAGGCAAUACCGGUUCACUUGUUGGUGUUGCCAUAUCGGCGUCGUUGCUUCCACCUGCUGUGAAUUGUGGUCUAUUAUUUGCCUAUGCGCUAUUAGGAGCUUCAUUUCCUAGUGUCGCAGCAAUCCACAGUGGCACCCGUAACGAUGAUGAUCCUAACCAACAGCAAUUUCACUUUAAAAACUUAUCACAGCCACAGAGUAUAAUGGCAAAUUGUGAAAAGUAUGUGAACAAUAAUUACAAUCCACUGUACAGUUGUAACCUGGCAACUGAAGCAGGAAUACUUGGUGCUUGCAGUUUUCUGUUAACAAUUGUCAAUAUACUCUGUAUAAUAACAAUGGCAUUAAUUAUAUUAAGAAUAAAAGAAGUCGUUCCAUUGCCUCAAAUCAAUGAUGAUAUAGCACAGUUUUUUCAUCACGAUGUCAAAAUAGCGCGUGAUUAUAAUAAAACAAUACUUCAGGAAGAGAGAAGGGAUAGUACAAACCAAUUGGCUCAGACAAUUGCCAAUAAAUGGAAAACAUUAAGGUCAUUGUCAUCAGCGGGUCUACAACAAAUACAAGAACAAAAUGAAAUGGCAAAGUCGAAAAAUGAUCAUACAUUGAAUGGUGAUGAUGGAUUUACUAAAGUAAAUGACACUGAGAAUAAUAUUGAUUAUUUUCAGCGACAGAUGAAUAACAGUGCCAGACGUAAAUUGUAUCGUUUGCAGUCGUUUGCGAAGGGAUAUGGUUUAGAUGUAUUUAACAGAAAUGAUUAUGAAUUGGCAAGUCCAAAUUCACGUGAAAAAGUACAAACAAUGGCUAGAGAUCUUGUACAAUUUUCAGCAGAAACACAGCAAGUUGAUUUGAGUCGAUAUAUACCAUAUGGCGUAACUAAUGAACAAUUGUCACCGUAUCGUGACAUGAACGAAUUGUUACCACCAAAAUGGAACGAAAUUUUCGUUUAUGAACAACAAUUAAAAAAAUGUACCACACAACCUCAACGUUCAUAUUCAUUCAAAGAACCGAAGUUCCACUUGAAAAAAAAUGAAUCUUCGAAUCAUUCAUUUCCAGAGAACAAACAGAGCACACCGGUUGUCCAGCGGGUAAGCUCACUACAAGAAAUAGCAGCAGCUAUCGUAAUCAAUACAGAUAGUUUUGUUUAUCCUAAAAUCACCACUAAGAUACCAGUAAAACCGUUUCAACUAACAAAACCAAUUGACUUUCAAUUUCCAGCAACAAAUGAGCAAGAAAGUACUACUGUUUUAUGA